AUGUCAAAGGAGGAAAGCAAGUUCAAGAAUUCGUCCUUUCAUAGAGAAGGGAAAAAGAAGAAUGUUACAACUAAUACAACCACAAGUAGUACUAUAACGGAGGGAAGCAAAUCAAAGAAUGCAGAAUUCAUCCUGGAACUAGUUGAAACUGGAAGACCUAACUGGAACAAAGCUCCAAAAGCAGUCAGGACAAGAUACAAUGGUGUACAUCUUAUUCUUCUAUCGAUACCGAUAAUCUUCAUAUCGACUUAUGAGUUGUAUAGAAGGUUAGAAGGGAAGUCCACCAAGAAAGUUAGGGAAGGUGAGAUAAUGGAGAAUCAUGAGAUUAGAAAAUACGGUGAGAAAGAGAAAUGGGAAGUUGAAAAGAAUAGUUGGAAUUAUAAGAUAUUUGGUAAAGAUUUCUACUUGGAUGGAUUCACUAGUAAGACUAUGAAACGAGAUAGUGGAAAUAAACCUGAUGAAUCAUCAUAA